AUGGGCUUUUCUAUCAUUCCAGUGGAAGAGCUCAAUAUUCCCCUUCGUCGAUCUUCAGGCAAAGAAUCUAAUAUCGAGCGGUUCUCUGCCAGUACUCUUGUUUUCCUUUUUGACCUCCACGAACCACCUACCGCAUACGUCCUUCUCCAUAAACGGGCUCUACUCGGCAAAGAAGAGAACGGCAAUGACAAGCCGAACUCAUGGGCCUUUUCCUGGGGGCCACCUGGGGGAUCUCAAGAGAUAUUCGACAAAACUAUUCUGAAUACCGCGAAACGUGAGACGGAAGAAGAAGUCAACUUGCACGGCUCGCGUGUUUCUCGUCUGGUCUACAGGGAUUCCUGGAUGCAUAAGGGAGUUCAGAUGGCCAGAUAUACAUUUCCUCUGGAAGUCGAUGAGCAACUCAAGGUCCAACGAAGGUGGUGCGACAGAAAGCAGCAGCCCGUCGGUAGGAAUGAAGGGCCCAUACGGUUAAGGGAAGAUGAACACCUUGAUUACUGUUGGGCCACGGAAGCACAAAUUCGUGAUUCAUCUCUCUACAACGAAAAGAAUCCUCAGCAUCAAAGAGAACUUGUUAUGCUUGAAAGCAAGGAGAUGAUCCUCCACGCUUUUACGCGAUUGAAGAAUUCUCAACUUGAUGACAUACGCUCUGUCCAUAGAUUAAUGAUGGAAUAUUACCUUUCGGGCGAAUCAUCUGAGAUGCAUCGCUUGAGGUCACACUGA